GACGAGCCCAAUAAGAGGUGUCAGUUCUCACAUACUGCCACUUGGGAGCAGAGUCCCGGACAGUGCUUCGGACCAACAGGCUCCCUCAGAGCAGCUUGAGACAGCAUUUACUUCACACAUUGUAGCGAUGAUGCUGAGUAAAGAUCUUCCAGACAUUGAGAGCAUCUUGGCUCUGAAUCCCAGAGUGAAAACACAUGCUCAGAUCAUCUCCACAGCCAAGAAAAAGCAAGAAAAGAAGCACUGGAAGAGAAACCCUGAAAGAAACUGUAAUUCCUGUGUGAAGUUGGAGAACAACUUUGAUGACAUCAAACACACAACUCUGAGCGAGCGUGGAGCUCUGCGUGAAGCUCUGAGAUGUUUAAAAUGUGCUGACGCUCCCUGUCAGAAGAGCUGCCCAACCAACCUGGACAUCAAGUCAUUUAUUACAAGUAUCUCCAAUAAGAACUACUAUGGGGCAGCGCGGGCCAUCCUCUCAGACAACCCCCUGGGUCUGACCUGUGGAAUGGUUUGUCCAACCUCCGACCUGUGUGUCGGGGGCUGCAACCUGUACGCGACCGAGGAAGGACCCAUCAACAUCGGAGGAUUACAGCAGUUUGCUGUUGAGGUGUUUGGUAAGAUGGGCAUUGCUCAGAUUAGGAACCCUGAACUCCCACCAGCCGACCAGAUGCCAGAGUCUUACCACAAGCCUAUUGCUCUGAUUGGUUGUGGCCCUGCAUCAAUCAGCUGUGCUUCCUUCCUGGCCCGCCUUGGAUAUGACAAUAUUACUGUCUUUGAGAAACAAAAGUACAUUGGAGGGUUAAGCACAACAGAAAUCCCCCAGUUCCGGCUUCCCUAUGAUGUGGUCCAGUUUGAAAUAGACCUCAUGAAGGACCUGGGAGUAAAAGUGGUGUGUGAAAAGGGGCUGGGUGUUAAUGGUAUGACUCUGUCAUCACUACGAGAAGAAGGAUUUGAGGCUGUGUUUAUUGGGAUUGGUCUCCCUCAGGCCAACAGAGCUCCGAUAUUUCAGGGUCUAACCACAGAUCAAGGAUUCUUCACCUCCAAAGACUUCUUACCCAUGGUGGCUUCAGCCAGCAAGAAAGGUAUGUGCCAGUGUCGCUCUCCUCUGCCCGAGCUGAGGGGCGUGGCAAUAGUUCUAGGGGCUGGCGACACUGCGUUUGACUGCGCCACCUCGGCUCUCCGCUGUGGAGCCAAGAGAGUGUACGUCUGCUUCAGAAAGGGCUUCACCAACAUCCGGGCUGUUCCCGAAGAGAUGGAGCUGGCCAUGGAGGAGCAGUGCGAGUUCCUGCCCUUCCUGUCGCCCCGUGAGGUCAUUGUGAAGAACGGCCGUCUCGUCGGGUUACAGUUUUGUCGCACCGAGCAGACGGAGGAAGGCGAGUGGCUGGAGGAUGAGGAGCAGGUCGUCAGGCUGAAGGCCGACUACAUCAUUAGUGCAUUUGGUUCGAUGCUCAACGACCCUCAAGUGACUGAAGCCCUGGCUCCUGUGAAAUUGACUCGUUGGGGCACUCCAGAGGUCAACAGGGACACCAUGCAGACCAGUGAGCCCUGGGUGUUUGCUGGGGGAGAUGUUGCCGGUCUGGCAAACACCACAGUUGAAUCGGUGAAUGAUGGCAAACAGGCCUCCUGGCACAUUCACAGAUACAUACAGUCCCUGCAUAGACAGACAGUGGACCCCGUCCCAAGGCUGCCGCUGUUCUACAGCGCUAUUGACCAGGUGGACAUCAGCGUCGAGCUCUGUGGAAUAAAGUUUCCCAAUCCCUUCGGCCUGGCCUCUGCUCCUCCCACCACCAGCACAGCCAUGAUCAGAAGGGCUUUUGAGCAAGGAUGGGGCUUUGCUCUCACCAAGACCUUUGCACUGGACAAGGACCUCGUGACCAAUGUGUCACCUCGCAUCGUUCGUGGCACCACCUCCAGUCACGUGUAUGGACCAGGUCAGGGCUCCUUCCUCAACAUCGAGCUCAUCAGUGAGAAGACGGCAGCCUACUGGUGUCAGUCAGUCACUGAGCUGAAGAAGGACUUCCCCAACAAUGUAAUCAUCUCAAGCAUAAUGUGUAGUUACAACAAAGAAGAUUGGACAGAACUAGCCAACAUGGCGGAGAAAUCGGGAGCAGAUGCACUGGAGCUGAAUCUGUCUUGUCCUCAUGGGAUGGGAGAGAGAGGCAUGGGGCUGGCCUGUGGACAGGAUCCAGUGCUGGUGCGUAACAUCUGCCGCUGGGUUCGUGCGGCUGUUUCCAUCCCCUUCUUUGCCAAACUGACACCAAACGUCACCAACAUUGUUGAAAUCGCCAAAGCUGCUCAUGAAGGUGGAGCUGACGGCGUCACAGCCACCAAUACGGUCUCAGGUUUGAUGGGACUGCGGGCGGACGGUUCGCCCUGGCCUGGUGUUGGAUCAGGCAGUCGCACCACAUACGGAGGAGUGUCUGGUAACGCCAUCAGACCCAUUGCUCUCAGAGCAGUAUCAGCCAUCGCCAGAGCAAUUCCUGGAUUCCCCAUUCUGGCUACCGGUGGUAUCGACUCAGCAGAGACUGGACUUCAGUUCCUCCAUGCCGGCGCCUCGGUGCUACAGGUGUGCAGUGCGGUUCAGAACCAGGACUUCACAGUAAUCGAAGAUUACUGUUUGGGUUUGAAAGCGCUGUUGUACCUGAAGAGCUUGGAGAUGAAGGGCUGGGACGGACAGUCUCCUCCUACAGAAAGACACCAGAAAGGAAAACCAGUGCCCAGACUGGAAGACCUGGUCGGAAAGAGCCUCCCUAGCUUUGGUCCGUACCUCCAGCAGAGGAGAGAAGCUGUAGCAGGAUACAAGAAACAGCUCAGGGGAACUGGGAAGACUGAUGCGAUGGAGGCUAACAUCACUCGGGUCAGCAAGCCCAGAAACCGUGUUCCAGCUGUGAAGGAUGUGAUAGCCAGAGCUCUGCGCCACAUUGGAGCAUAUCAAGAACUCGACAACAUGGAGCAGGUCCAGGCCCUGAUAGAUGAAGAGAUGUGUAUUAACUGUGGUAAAUGUUACAUGACGUGCAAUGACUCUGGAUAUCAGGCCAUAACAUUCGAUCCCGAGACCCACCUUCCCGCUGUGAAUGACAGCUGCACGGGCUGCACCCUGUGCCUUAGCGUCUGUCCCAUCAUAGACUGCAUCAAGAUGGUUGCCAGAACUACACCUUAUCAACCCAAGAGAGGUGUACCCAUCAGUCCAAUGUGCUGAAUGUAACUGUAAUGCAGCUAAUUCAUCUGGAGACUUUCAUCGUUGUUAUUUGUCUGGAAGACUCUGUUGGACUGGACGAUAGCCAAAAUGAAAUAACCAUGUAUAUUUGUCAUAUGCAUUAAUGUCAUUAAAAAGUGCAACAACAUGCAAGCAAACCAA